CACAAUCCAUUGGCUUGUUUGGAUGCUUAUAUUCCAAUAGUUCGCAAACUUAGAUUCAUCCUGGUUGUGUGAAUUAAAAAACUAAAAUCUGCAUUCAAAACGAUUAUUAGACAUACUGUACAAAAAUUAUCCAAGAAAUGUAUAGCAAUUGUGCGAAUGAUAAUGACGGUGGAGGAGAUUUGCCUACACACCAAAGUAUUGAGUUAAGCAAACACUUAAGUCAUGCAACAAUUUCACAAAAGCUACCAUCAAAUAAUACUGACACGUGUAAUCAGCAACAGCUCAUUAAAAUUCAGUCCCUGCCUGAACGUGGAUCGUGGUCAUCAAAGUUGGAUUUUAUCCUCUCAGUAGUGGGACUGGCAAUUGGCUUGGGGAAUGUUUGGAGAUUCCCUUACUUGUGCUACAAAAACGGAGGAGGCGCUUUUUUAUUACCAUAUAUGUUGACGUUAUUUUUGGCUGGAAUACCUAUGUUUUUUAUGGAACUUGCGUUGGGGCAGAUGUUAACCAUUGGAGGACUAGGUGUUUUUAAAAUUGCUCCAAUUUUCAAAGGAAUUGGCUAUGCUGCUGCUGUAAUGUCCUGUUGGAUGAAUGUUUAUUAUAUUGUCAUUCUGGCUUGGGCGGUAUUUUAUUUUUUUAUGUCAAUGAGAGCUGAUGUACCAUGGAGGACGUGUAAUAAUUGGUGGAACACAGUAAACUGUGUUAGUCAGUACGAAAGAAAAAACUUACCAUGCUGGAAUAAAAUCAUUAAUGGAACUUCCACGAAAAUGUGUACUGUAGCUUCAACAAAUCUCACAUCAGCAGAGCUUACCGAUCCAGUUAAAGAAUUUUGGGAGCGCCGGGCACUUCAAAUAUCUCAAGGAAUUGAUGAGAUCGGAAAUAUUCGUUGGGAAUUGGCUGGAACUUUAUUGCUCGUUUGGAUUAUUUGCUACUUUUGUAUUUGGAAAGGAGUCAAAUGGACGGGAAAAGUUGUAUAUUUUACGGCUCUUUUUCCAUAUGUACUACUUACAGUUCUGUUAAUCCGUGGUAUCACAUUGCCUGGUGCUUUAGAAGGCAUUAAAUUCUAUAUUAUACCCAACUUUUCCAAGCUGACUCACUCCGAGGUUUGGAUUGAUGCGGUGACUCAGAUUUUUUUCUCAUAUGGACUAGGACUGGGAACUUUAGUAGCCUUGGGAAGUUAUAAUAAGUUUACAAACAAUGUUUACAAAGAUGCACUUAUAGUAUGCACAGUCAACUCGAGUACAAGCAUGUUUGCCGGUUUCGUAAUAUUUUCUGUUAUUGGAUUCAUGGCACACGAACAGCAGCGACCAGUGGCUGAGGUGGCCGCUUCAGGACCCGGACUAGCUUUCCUUGUUUAUCCAUCCGCUGUAUUGCAACUUCCAGGGUCUCCCAUGUGGUCUUGUCUUUUUUUUUUUAUGUUAUUGCUUAUAGGUUUGGAUUCACAGUUCUGCACGAUGGAGGGUUUCAUCACAGCUAUAAUUGAUGAGUGGCCCCAUCUGUUACGGAAACGCAAGGAGAUUUUCAUUGCUCUUGUAUGCACCAUAAGCUAUUUAGUAGGGUUAACCUGUAUUUCGCAAGGUGGAAUGUAUAUAUUUCAAAUAUUGGAUUCAUAUGCCGUAAGCGGGUUUUGCCUGCUGUGGCUUAUAUUUUUUGAGUGUGUUUCAAUAUCUUGGUGCUAUGGAGUUGAUCGCUUUUACGAUGGUAUAAAGGAUAUGAUUGGAUAUUAUCCUACAGUUUGGUGGAAAUUCUGUUGGUGCGUUACUACACCAGCUAUAUGUAUGGGUGUGUUCUUUUUUAACAUAAUACAAUGGACUUCCAUAAAAUAUCUCGACUACAGCUAUCCCUGGUGGGCACACGCUUUUGGUUGGUUUACAGCAUUGUCAUCUAUGCUCUAUAUACCAGCUUAUAUGUUCUGGUUAUGGAAAAGGACUCCAGGAGACUUAAGUCACAAAAUCCGAACUAUAGUCCGGAUAGAUGAAGAUGUGACGCUUUUACGUGAGAAAAUGCAAAGGGAGGCUUAUGCAAAUGAGAUAGAAUUUAAUUCUUUAUAAGUGAGUGC